AUGCGCAUCAUCUCCAACAACGGCACCAAUUUUUCCUCAGAAGACCUUCAGAAAUGGUUCAAAGAGAUGAAGAUCGAGCACAACUUUGCCUCUGUGGCACACCCACAAGCAAAUGGCCAAGUCGAGAGUAUUAACAAGCAAACAGUUGACGGCAUCAAAGCGCGACUUGGGACAGCGCGCAGAGGAUGGGUUGAUGAACUCCCCAGCAUCUUAUGGGCCCACCGUACCAUGCCAAAGACUAGCACGGGAGAAACCCCAUUCAGUCUUGUCUACGGCUCUGAAGCGCUAAUUCCAGCUGAAAUUGGUCUCCCAUCACCACGCAUGCUCGCCUUAGAAAAACAAAACAAUGAGCAAGAACGAAGAAUGGAUUUAAACCUUCUCGAAAAAAGGCGCGAGAAUGCCGCCGUCGUAGAAGCAAGGUACACAUCCAAACUCGAAAAUACUACAACGCGCGCGUCCGUGUGUGCACAUUUGUUCCUGGUGACUUUGUCUUGCGCGACAAUGAAGCCUCCAACGUGGAAAAACCAGGCAAAUUAG